AUGCCAAAGGCAAAAAUUAAGUCUGUUUUCAACGAUUUUGAGAGUCUAAAGAUUGAGAAAAAUUUCAAUCGGAAGCUUCAACCAUGGCUCCCUAGUACGGAAAAAUCGUAUGGAAGAAAAAAUCAAACUGCCCGGUGCUUUUGCGAGGAAGAAAAAUAUUACAAGAUUAAUUAUUACACGAAAAACAACGUUAAAAACUUGGACAAAAUAAAGCGCCUGCGAGAUGAAGACUUCGAAAAAUACAAAUUGGCGAAUUAUUUUCAAUUAAACGACGCGCCACUUUUACUUUCAAACGCCAACAGUCGGAUUCAGUGCGUUUCGUCUGGAUAUGAAAUCGAGCCGUUUGAAAGCCUUGUUCCUUUCAUUCGCGUUUUUGGCGGGGAGGAAGAGGAGUAUCAGUUCAAAAUCAGCUCAAUUUAUGGUUCCUUUACUAGCUCGGCUCCGUCGGAGAGGAUCGGCUCGCCACUUGCGUCUCUUGAACUCGAGGAAAAUAUUUCGGAAAAAGAUCUCAAUAAUAUUUUGAAGGGCAUUCGAUACUAUCCAGAGUAUUAUGACGCGCGACCAAUCACUGACAUCAUCACUUUUUCUCUUACUUCGAAAACAAAAAUUGAAGAGGUUAAAAUCCCGAUUCGAAUACGAAGAAAACCACUGCCAGUUCUUCAAUACAGGGAAUCGGAUCAGCUUAAUCAAAUGAUCACGAUUGUCACGAAGACGAUUUUCAGAUACAACUGCUUGCACUCGUUACUUUUAUCAAUUAAGGAGUUCUUUCCGAAAAUGGCUGUCAUCGUCGCAGACGACAAUCCCUCCGACGUCUACCAGACGAUCGACACCAACGAAUUCCCCACUGUCAAACAAUACAAAAUGCCAGCUGAAGAGGGCUGGUUCGCUGGCCGAGCACUGGCGAUUUCCCAAGUCCGGACACCUUACUUCGUCUGGGUCGAUGAUGACACUCAAUUCAACAGUGAAACGAAAUUGGGUGAAAUGAUGAAGAUCGCGGAGAAGACUGGUUAUGAUGUCAUUGGCGGCGGGCUUGGCACGAAAAUAAGAAGAAGCUGGCAGAAGUUUGAUCGGUUCAAUGUUCCUUACAGCGAGAAUGGCUACUGUUAUAAUCGGAUAAGACCUAAAUACGACAUUCCUCUUACUGGAUACGAGGGAAAGUGUUUUGUUGUUGAUGUCACAGCAAAUUUUUAUCUUGCAAGAACUUCAACAGCUGGGGCGAUAAGAAUGGAUCCUCAGUUUGAGCAAAAAGCUCAUCGUGAGUUUUUCAUCGAUUCAAUCGGAAGACUUCGAAUCGCUUAUUGUAACACUUUUGUUGUCGGCCACAGGGGCGCGGAAUACUCGUCCAAGUGCGUGGACAAUGACAAAACCGAGUACAACAGUCGACGCUUUCCAUCAGGAAGAAGCAAAACAGAUCUUCUCAAUAGAAUUGAUGCGCUUUGGUUUUACAGAAAUAACUUCAAAUGCUACAAAGACCUGGAUUACGAUUUUACUAACCACGUCAAACAUGCUUCAAAUAAUCAAAAACUCCUCUAA